AUGGCGACCCCGUUCCCACAAACGCAGGAUACCACCAUGGUAGACGCUCCGUUUGCCGUCGCCUCUGAUCAAAAGCCGACCCUGCACACGCUGCAGCCGCUCGUACGCCUCCUCGUCAUCUCGCAUAGAGAAAUCGAGUCCAUUCUCGGCGAGGCCCUAGGGCAUCCCCUGGCCAGGCUCACCGAUGGCCAGUGGAGGUCCCUAGGCGACUGUUAGAGGUGGGGUCUGAGAGCCUAACUCAUUGCUAUUAGUCUUGGUUAAUUCCUUAUUCUGCGCGCGCGCCUAUCUCUGUCUUUGCGUCUUUUUUCCUUCUGGGUUUCCUUCUCCACGCUAUUCUCAUCAUCUCACUCGUAUACCUCGGAGCUGAGUCGUGGAGUACCUCUUAGUCCUUGUCGUAAUAGCGACAACAAGAACGCGUGGAGGACCUUGCUCUUUGCCCUCCUCUACCUCUUGCGAAAAGACGGCGGCAAGGCCACGUCCGGCAAGACCUUGACGAAGUUCGAGGAUCCGCUCACCUCGGAUGCGCCCGAGGGGUCGCAACGACGUGCUCGAGAAUACGAGGACUUUCGUCGCGUAUCGGGGGGGGGGGGGCAAGACUCGAUCGGAUUUUCCGGUGUAAGUGACGUAUGGUUCGAGACGCCAGCGACGAAACGAGCACGAGGCUGACGGCUCGUUGGUGGCACGCUGGUACGGGUUCCCUGAACCGGUCCUCGCACAGGCGUGGGUUACCUUGAGGCAACCAGACGCAACCGCCCUCCGAUCCCUGAUUCCCUACACCCCCACCUGGUGGGACGACCGUGCGAUGAGGAUCGUCGAGGCGAUUUUCGGAUGGAAAGACCGAGUCUACCAAAUCGUCGCGACCUUUGUCGACAGUCGCUUCGUCUCCACCUCGAAUACACCCCCCCAGGACGACGAUGCUGACGACGCAAACACCGGGCCACCCGCGAAAAGGGGCAAGGAUAUAGGCUCUUCACUCAAGUCCAGCGUCAAGAAGGCCGUUGUUGAGGCUGUCUGCGAAGCAAGACUCGCCAACUCGCCCGACGACGACGUUCGACUCCUUUCCGACCUGACCACACAAAUCGCGAGUCUACACGACAAGGCCGCAAAGCAGGUACAAAAGGCGGUGGACCUCUAUGAUCUAGCGUCGGUGGCAACGUCUACGUUCCAAGAUACCGUGCACAUCAUCCGCCACAACUCGCCGCGGAUGCUCACACCCGACGAGCGUUCCCAUCUUGCCGAGCAGACGAUCUGCGACUGGAUCCGAGGGGUAUCACACCGCCCCCAUUGUCUCUUCCCGGCCCUCCAUUGCACAGGAAAUGAGCUCGCCCCCCAAAUCCUGUGCAAAGAGGUCGGAUGGUUGAACAAUCGGGUCAGUGCAACUGCACUCGCAUUGGAGCGUGUCGGCCCGCUGA